AUGGACUCCAAGUCCGCGACUGACCAUAUCGAAGACCUGGACAGAGUGAUACAUGAUGCCAGGCUGGCCACCGAGAAGGAGCAUAGCAUGUCCCUCUGGCAGGGUCUGAAACUCUAUCCCAAGGCAGUCGGUUGGUCGCUGCUCAUCUCCACCGCCAUCAUCAUGGAGGGCUACGACGUUGUCCUCAUGGGAUCUUUCUACGGUUUUCCUGCGUUCAAUAAGAAAUAUGGUCAACUCAUGGAGGAUGGUUCGUACGGUCUUUCGGCGUCUUGGCAGGCCGGUUUGUCCAACGCCAUGAACUGCGGACAGAUACUAGGCCUCUUCGCCAACGGUAUCAUUUCCGAGCGUUUCGGCUACCGGAAGACUAUGAUGGUGUCUCUAGUGGCUACUGUCGCCUUCAUAUUUAUUCUAUUUUUCGCGCACAACGUCGAGACUCUGGUUGUCGGCGAGAUCCUCAUGGGAAUUCCGCUCGGCGUUUAUCAGACUCUGACCGUCACCUACGCGUCUGAAGUGUGUCCUGUUGCGCUACGCGCCUAUCUUACCACCUACGUCAACCUGUGCUGGGUGGUCGGCCAGUUGAUCGCCUCAGGUGUGCUGAAAGCGCUCUCCGAUCGUACGGAUCAAUGGGCCUACCACAUUCCAUUCGCUGUGCAGUGGGUAUGGCCUGUUCCUAUAUUUAUCGGUGUUUGGAUGGCACCCGAAAGCCCAUGGUGGCUCGUUCGCAAGGGACAAGUUACAGAAGCGAAGGAGGCUCUUCGACGACUGACAACCCGGGGACAGGAUAGCUUUGAUGCAGAUGAAACGGUUGCCAUGAUGGUCCACACGAAUGAAAUUGAGAAGGAAACUACCUCUGGCACCACCUAUUGGGACUGCUUCCGCGGUGUAGAUCUGCGAAGAACUGAGGUGGCCUGCCUCAUCUGGGCGGCGCAGAACCUAUGCGGCGCAGGUCUAAUGAGUUAUUCGACCUUCUUUUAUCAACGCGCCGGACUCGCCGUCUCCGAGUCCUUUAACAUGUCGUUAGGCCAAUACGCCAUUGGCAUCUGUGGCACUCUCUUAUCCUGGGUAUUGAUGAGCUACAUCGGCCGCCGCACCCUCUACGUCUACGGACUGGCCAUUCUAUGCGUUCUGCUUUUCGUCAUUGGCUUCAUCUCAAUUCCGACAAUGUCAACGGCCACAUCAUGGGCUACUGGCUCCAUGCUUCUGGUCUAUACGUUUUUCUACGACUCUUCUGUGGGCCCUGUGUGCUACUCCUUGGUGUCGGAGAUUCCUUCCACACGACUUCGUAUCAAAACCGUCGUGCUGGCCCGAAAUCUUUACAACUGCCUGAGCAUCCUCAACGGUAUCAUCAUCCCUUACAUGUUAAAUGUCGACGCUUGGAAUUGGAAGGGUAAAGCCGGUUUCUUUUGGGGCGGCUUUUCUGUCGUAUGUGUCCUCUGGGCCUUCUUCCGCCUUCCAGAACCUCGAGGACGGACUUUUGCCGAGCUGGAUACGCUCUUCGAACAGAAGGUACCGGCUCGGAAUUUCAAAUCGACACAGCUGAGCUUGUUCUCUGAAGAGUCUGCGAUUGUGGAGCACGAGGUGACCAAGGCGUCCUAA